CCAAACGGAGUUUAAUAUUUAUCUAAAAAGUUUGAAAACCUAUUUAAAAAAAUGUUGCAUUUUUUAUCCCAUUUUGUGUGAUUCCUACGUCCUUAGUCCGGAAUCGACCCAUGCCUUACUGCUCUUUUUAAUUUGGUGUGAGGAAGAAGAAGAAGAAGAAAUGGCCGCCGCAUCAACGCCACAGCGCCACCUACUCCGGCUAGUUCUCUCCUGCCGCAAAAUCACAGCUCAGGUGACCAACCCCGAGACGGCCUCCAUCAUCGCCAUGGCCUCAUCGGCCGAGACGGAGUUCGCGGCCCAGAACCGAGCCAAGCUGGACCGCUUCCCCAGGGCCCACAACUUGUGGGAUUCCAAGAUCGCCGCCAGAGUCGGCGAGAAGCUCGGCCACCGCCUCAAGGAAGCCCGCGUCUCCCUCGUCGAGAUCGAUCACCGGGAAGAACUCGCCAGGCCCGUCCACCACCGUAAGAUGGUGGCGCCGCUUUUCGACGCCGUCAAGCGCGCAGGUAUCGGCGUCGCUGGUGGUGAGAAAUUAGAGCCCUGGAGUCUGAGUUAGUUUCUGGGCCGGGCCGGGCCGUGUACUUAUUCUAGGGCUAUAGUUGAAAUUGCUAUGAAUCUGGGCUUUUACCCCCUCCUCUUUGUGUCUCACAAAUUUUGUUUCGGAUUUUGUGUAAUUAAAACCAAUCAUAGUGCUCUUUAAAAUAACGUAGUGCUCAUUCUAAAAUAACGUACUACUUAUUUUUACACAAUUGUUCAAUAUAAUUAUCAUAUUCAUUUACGAAUAAUGUGGUAUUUUUUUUGAAAUAAAGUCGUUCUCAUUCU